AUGGAAGGCAGAGGAUUGACUCUGAGGAGCAAGUCUCGUCGGCAGCGCCCUCAGAUUAGCGCUCCCAAACCCAUCUCCGGUCCUCUACCUCCCAAUACCAGAUCUCCCGAGUCAGGCCCAUCCGCAAUCCCCACACGUGAGCGGGCACCCCAGAACGAUGCGACAUCGGAUUUGGUGAAACGGCGAUACUCGACUCGGUUCAAUAGCGCACCUGAAUUUGAUAACAAGGCUCCUCCUGUUCCGGCACUUCCAACUCAGACACCCGGGGGGCGCGGCGGGAUUGGCACCGGGAGCUAUUCCGAGAAUACCAUCACCAGCGGACCCGAACUCACCAGCACCGAAAGUCGACCUUAA